AGGAGUAACAGCCUCCACGACAGCUGUCGAACACCUGAGGAGCAAAAUGAGUUUCAGAAUAUGAGUUCUACAAAUUCAUUAAGGUUCAAUCGAAGCAGAAGCAGAACUCAAACAAAUGGAGCAAUGAGCAAGGCCUCGGAGUGCGGAAUGAGCACCUUCCCACGUAUGUCUCGACCUCACUCCAUCGCAGGCAGCAAAUUUUCAUACCUGGAGGGCUGCCCAGACAAAGACCAACAAUUAAGCAGCCCAAUAUCAAGUUCAGUUACGAAGUAUGACAUAAAGAAAUCUACGGCUGUCGACACAACUGACAGCCCACGUAACAAAAAGGGUCACGUCUCCCCAAUCAGGAGCUUAAUUGCCGGGUUGAACACAGUAAGCUUGAGUCCGGUAUCUCAGCAAGCAGCCGGCCACCAGGGGACCACUUCCCCGCGAGACAUCAUCGCCAUCAAACGGGAAGAGUUGCGGAAGGUCAACCUCAGGCCCUGUAGUCAGCGCCUUCCGAGCCCUGUGUCACCCUUACCUUCCUCAGAGAUCAAAACUGCCAACCGCCCAGAAUCGCCGGCUACCGAACCAAGCAGCAGCAACAUGCUGGAUAAAAACACCUUCUACCGUCGAAGGAGCUCCUUUGAAUCUAUAACAGAAAAGGAGUCACAAUCGAGGAAGUCACCAACGCCACCACCGUGGAAAUCGGCAUUGAAAAAAUCUAUCAGAAAGAUUCCACAUGAACCCGAAUAUCUGGCUCCUUCCCUUAACAAAUCCCAGCCGGCUUCCAGGCCGUCACCAACGUCACACUCUCACAAGUCACAGACCUGGACCACAAGCAGUGAUCAGGAUGAAAAUGUAAAAGUUAAGACACCAGGAAGCAGCGAAUCAAAUUGUGUAUCGACUCUGUCAGACGUCCAGAGAACCAGUUUACCGGAGUGUAUAUUUUCCCCCAGACCCACCCCAGGUAGAGGUAUAAGAAGUAUUUGCCAGCCCCAGUCUGAAGGGUGUCUGCAGUCAGUUCGAAAGAAAAGAUCUGUGAUGAAAAUAGAAACUUCAAAGGCUGACGAAAAUAGCACAACUGUUAGUACUAAGUCUGACAAAAGUAAAACAACCUCUUCCUCCAGUAAGUCUGACUCCAGAACACCCAUCUCCCCCUCCAGUAAGUCUGACUCCACGACACAUAUCUCUCUCUCCAGUAAAUCAGACUCCAGAACACCCAUCUCUCCCUCCAGUAAGUCAGACUCCACAACACCCAUCUCCUCCUCCAGUAAGUCAGACUCCACAACACCCAUCUCCUCCUCCAGUAAGUCUGACUCCAUACCAACCAUCUCCCCCUCCAGUAAGUCUGACUCCAUACCAACCAUCUCCCCCUCCAGUAAGUCUGACUCCACAACACAUAUCUCCCCCUCCACUAAGUCUGACUCCACAACACCCAUCUCCCCCUCCAGUAAGUCUGACUCCAUACCAACCAUCUCCCCCUCCAAUAAGUCAGACUCCACGACACAUAUCUCCUCCUCCAGUAAGUCUGACUCCACAACACCCAUCUCCUCCUCCAGUAAGUCUGACUCCACAACACCCAUCUCCUCCUCCAGUAAAUCUGACUCCACAACACCCAUCUCCUCCUCCAGUAAGUCUGACUCCACAACACAUAUCUCCUCCUCCAGUAAGUCAGACUCCACAACACAUAUCUCCUCCUCCAAUAAGUCUGACUCCAUACCACCCAUCUCCCCCUCCAGUAAGUCUGACUCCACAACACCCAUCUCCUCCUCCAGUAAGUCAGACUCCACAACACCCAUCUCCCCCUCCAGUAAGUCAGACUCCAUACCACCCAUCUCCCCCUCCAGUAAGUCUGACUCCAUAUCACCCAUCUCCCCCUCCAGUAAGUUUGACUCCACAACACCCAUCUCCUCCUCCAGUAAGUCAGACUCCAUACCACCCAUCUCCCCCUCCAGUAAGUCUGACUCCAUACCACCCAUCUCCUCCUCCAGUAAGUCAGACUCCAUACCACCCAUCUCCCCCUCCAGUAAGUCUGACUCCAUACCACCCAUCUCCCCCUCCAGUAAGUCUGACUCCACAACACCCAUCUCCUCCUCCAGUAAGUCAGACUCCACAACACCCAUCUCCCCCUCCAGUAAGUCAGACUCCACAAGACCCAUCUCUCCCUCCAGUAAGUCUGACUCCACAAGACCCAUCUUCCCCUCCAGUAAGUCAGACUCCACAACACAUAUCUCUCCCUCCAGUAAGUCUGACUCCACAACACCCAUCUCCUCCUCCAGUAAGUCAGACUCCACGACACAUAUCUCCCCCUCCAGUAAGUCUGACUCCACAACACCCAUCUCCUCCUCCAGUAAGUCUGACUCCACAACACCCAUCUUCCCCUCCAGUAAGUCUGAUUCCACAACACCCAUCUCCCUCUCCAGUAAGUCACACUCCACAAGACCCAUCUCCCCCUCCAGUAAGUCAGACUCCACAACACAUAUCUCUCCCUCCAGUAAGUCUGACCCCAUACCAACCAUCUCCUCCUCCAGUAAGUCAGACUCCACAAGACCCAUCUCCUCCUCCAGUAAGUCUGACUCCACAAGACCCAUCUCCUCCUCCAGUAAGUCAGACUCCAUACCACCCAUCUCCUCCUCCAGUAAGUCUGACUCCAUACCACCCAUCUCCUCCUCCAGUAAGUCAGACUCCAUACCACCCAUCUCCUCCUCCAGUAAGUCUGACUCCAUACCACCCAUCUCCUCCUCCAGUAAGUCAGACUCCAUACCACCCAUCUCCCCCUCCAGUAAGUCAGACUCCACAACACCCAUCUCCUCCUCCAGUAAGUCAGACUCCACAACACCCAUCUCCCCCUCCAGUAAGUCUGACUCCACAACACCCAUCUCCCCCUCCAGUAAGUCAGACUCCACAACACCCAUCUUCCCCUCCAGUGAGUCUGACUCCACAACACCCAUCUCCCUCUCCAGUAAGUCACACUCCACAAGACCCAUCUCCCCCUCCAGUAAGUCUGACUCCACAAGACCCAUCUCCCCCUCCAGUAAGUCUGACUCCACAACACCCAUCUCCCCCUCCCCCGUCAUCAAAGAGGAAGACGUACUGGCAGAUAUAAUAUUAUCACCAGAGGACCUCAUGUCACCGACAUCAACAUCUAUGUCGUCCUCGCUAACAGACGCGGACAUGGAGGUAUUGGAGCUGCUCUCACAUCACGAACAGUUUUGCCCAAUACAAACUUUCUCGCCUGACACUGAUGACCAAAGCAUAGUAUUUAUCCUUAACCAAGACGUAGAGGGAAACAUUAAUCCUGAAAUAGAAAGUUCCCGAAAUGAGACGGAUAUCCAGAAGCAUUUUAGAGAAGACUUACUUUUGCCAGAUGAUACAGAUCACACAUUAUGUAAAAUAAGUUCAGAGGAAGAUAUUGAUUUGGAGUACGUUGACAGCGAUUCAGGAGGGCAGUCACCGGACGUCAGCGAGCAACGUACGCCCUCCGUGUGUAGGAUGAUAGAACACUUUGCCCAGCGUAUCCAGGAGCAACAAGAACUGCUGGAGCGUCCUCCCAGUCCGAAAAGAGAUAUUAUAAGGCGAAUAUUCUUACACCAAACCAAGGAAAUGUGCUCUGGCUCACAUGACGCAAAACAAGCUCUAACUCCUCAAAGCACCGAAGGCUCGAAUGGGUUAAUUCCAGAUAACAUAAAAAUAGGAACUACAAAUUUGGAAACUGGAACGAAAGAAAACAUUUGUGAAUCAACACCUGAGCCAUCCCGUCUGCUCACACAUGAGGAUAGCAAAGACGAAGAAACUCUAAAAACCAAGACUGAUGUAGAGACUGACAUCCAACCAACUCUUUCAAGUCCUAGGCUGUCAUUACGUCUGCAGGCCGCAUCAGUGGAAGAACCCUCGCCAAAUCUUGUCAAUAAAAUGGUGGAACAAUUUGAUCAGCAAAUCCAGGCUCAGUCUCUGCCAACUUCACCAACGUCUUCACGCCCCAACUCUAUUGCAUCUCUCAUUCAGCAAGAUAUGUUGCGACUAUACACAACGCAAUCCAAAGUCGCUAGACUGAAUGAUGACACAAUAGAAAACCCAUCUCCGAUCGGUGAAGAUUUUUUUGAAGAAACAACGUUUGAAAUUUAUGAUGACGACGACAAAGAAACGGAAGAUAAAAGUUUGGAGAUAAAUAAUAAGAUACCCUCCGAGCCAGAAACAUCGGACAGCGAUGAUGACGUAGAAGCAACAGUUCAAAUGGGAAACCAAAUUUGUGUUAUACCCAAAAGAACUGUGAGAGAGAUCAGACCUUCAGUAUGCGAUGAAUUGCGCCACGAGUUUCUACAGAAGAUCAGAAGCUUAGAUGACGAUCUAAGAUCAUUAGAAAAGAAAAAAUAUGAAGAGCGCAGAAAUGCAAUGAAAGAUAAAAGAAAAGAUAUUCAACACGAAGGGAAAAUAGUCACAGAUGAAUUUGCUAAUGUGCAAAGCCUUUACAGGGAACCACGACCAAAAGACGCGAAAGAUGUGCCUUACACUGAGCUGGAGGACAUAGAGCACAUAAAGGACGAUUCAGAGUAUUUCCCCGUGUCUUGUAGCAAUGAACCAACAAUAGCUCUUCAGGUAACUCAAGAGCUGACUCAACUCGAGCCCAAGAAUCAAACGAACUCUAAGAUCUCAGAAGACGACACGUUCACAUCUAACUUCUCCUCUAGUGCAUAUACUGAACCGAGGGGCUCUGAAGAUAAAAAUAUAGAAUAUUCACCCACCAACUCAUUGCAAAACAAAUCAGUGGAACACGUAAUUGACUCUGACGAAUCACUUCACAUAAUGCCAACGCUCAAGUCCAGUAAGACAGGUGGAUUAGACAGACUUUCAUUUCGAAAUUAUGUCAAGUCGAGCAUUGCCAACGAGACUCUGGUAUCAGAGUCGGAGCAGCCGUCGACCUGUGUGCUGGAGCAUGACACAAAAGUGAUGGAGUACACCUCAAGUUUUGAAGUUUCCACUGACGAGUACAGAGCUGACCCGGAAUCCGUGGAGGAGGCGGUGGAAGCUAUCUCUUUCUUGUCAUCAGAUGAUCACCGAAGGAGCAGGAUGAGUCAAGGGUUCACUUUUUACACCAAUGAGAGUGAAGUGGCAGAAGACCAGAACUGUGGAGACAAAUACCAGGCAACAGAGAACAAAAAACACAAAUAUUAUACACGAAGGAGAACACUGCCAAGUGUUCCAUCCGAUAUUCAACAUGAGGAUUAUGAUUCACAUCGCGGAAGUUCAACAGCCAGCCUACGUAGCUGUGAUGACAAAGAAUGCACAGAUUCCAUGACUGCUUGGGAAGAUGACAAAGAUUCCUUUGUGAUCAGGGGACGUGCUCAGGCCAGGCAUUCUACACAGCUUCACAUGAGACAUGUCGAUGAAAUCAAGCGAUGCCGCCAUAGCGAUGAAAAAGUAUUUACAUACGGAACCUUUGAUGCACCAACAGAGACAACCAAAGAUGUACGGCGAUUUACCUGGGGUAGUUUAAGAAGGAAGAAAAAACAGGAUUAUUCCAAAGAAAAGAAAGAAGAAACUAAACCUGGUGAUGCUGCAUAUAUCAAGCAGGAUAAUUUGUCUUCGAAGGUACAAUCAGAAAAAGUUAAUAAAGGCACCGCAUAUAAUUUUUUCUUUGACAGAAAGAAAAAUAAAUUUGAAAACGAUCAAUUUCCUGGCACUCCGGACAAUACAAGAACUAAUCCAUCACUCUACAAGAACCUUACAGAUUCUUCAAGUAAAGAUAAUACAAUCCCCACCAUCGUCUCCGUUCUCCCAAAACAAAGAGAAAACGAGCCAACUGAUGUUGAUUCACAUUUUGGAAGAGAAAGGCAAACCUAUAGAAGUAAGAUGGCAUCAGAAUUAAAGCCGAAACUGAAGAAAAGAAUUCCUUUUUACAGGGAUUCUUCCUCUUCUAGCGAUAAUUUCUCACAAUCACUCCUUCGACUCAUAGCCCCUGCCGCUCUUGAAGAAAAACAGUUGCUCUCGGGUGGUGAAGACAGUCCUAGUAUUCAAGGAGAAGCUUCUGAAGUUAGUGAAGGUGAGCAAAAUUACUCACCUGAGUAUCCGUCGUCGGCUUGUGUCAGGAGCAGAGAUCCCUGGGUCAGAAGAGAUCUUCAGGACACCAUGGUUGAAAGUGCAUCGCUUUCAGACGAGGCCGACGUGUUCUCUAAUGAUGUAUCAUCCUCAAAUGACGAAAUUUCGCAGGUGAAUCAUAAUGGUGGGGUGGAGGUGCGUCCGCGAGCUGGGGUGCUCAAGACAGGCCGCGAUCGUAGCCGCGACUCGCGCCGAAGCUUACGCGUCUCGUGGGGAGACCUGCCGGAGAGGAUGGACUCUCCCUCACAGAUUAGCGACGCCGAAGAUCAUGACGACGACAACAACGACGACUACCACGAACAAGACGAACAUCAACAAACACAAGAGCAUGGCCCAGAUAAACAGGAUGAGAAAGCUUAUCGAGUCACCCAGCUUUAGAGACUUAUAAAAUUAAGCUGUACAAAAUAAUAUACUUAUGUCAGGUUACGCAAACUGCUGCAUGUUUCGUCUAGCUCCGGAUUACGAUGCCUAAGAAAUUACUCUGCGGUAUAUUGAUGACCCUUUCACUAUUAAGAGAAAUGUGCGAAAUAUUUAUAUCUCAAUUGUUCUAAUUUGGAAUAUAAUUGCUUGUCACGGUAUAUCAUCAUGCUUUUGUAUAAUAUACAAUGUUAUGUGAAUCUGCAGAAGAGGAUAUAACACAAUAGUACUGAUCGGUCAAAACGGUUCAGAUAUUCACAUUGUCGCUUGAGAAAUGAAAUUCGUAUAAUUUUUCAGUAUUUAGCUUUCUUGUUAAAUCUAGCCUACCCUCCAAAGGAAGCCUUUCAAGGGCUGGACAUAUAACUUUAGCUUUAUAACGGAAAGCCUGGUUAGACUUGGAUCACAAUAUCCUAUUUUCUCUUUACAGCAUAUCGAAAUCUAAUGAGGCAAACAUAGUUCUCUUGUAAUUUAA